UGGGCAGCGGCUCCGCAGCCCCGCAUUAAGUGCAAAGCCCCGGCUCCGCCCCGGCCGCUCGGUCUGGGCAGUUCCCAUCCCCGGAGCGGCGGCGGAGGCGGCGCCGGGCUGCGGCGGGGCGGCCCCGCUCCCCGUGAAGCAGCGGCGCGGCUGGGCAGCGGCCGCCGCCAUGCAGCCCUCCGCCCGGGCCCCGGCGCUGCUGCUGCUGCUGCUGAUGGCCGGGACCUUAUGCCUCUGCCUUGCCUCCUCGGAGGACCCAGCUGCCGAUGGCCUCACAUCAACUUCUCUGCUGGAAUUUGCCAUGAUGUCCCAGCUGGAGGCCAUGAAUUCCCAUGAGCAAACCAGCCCAGAAACUGCGGAGCCUGAUCUUGCCCCCAGCUCUCUGCAUGCUGCCCCAGGAUCGGGCUUUGCCAGUGAGGAGAAUGAGGAAUCCAAGAUCUUACAGCCCCCACAGUACUUCUGGGAAGAUGGGGGAGAACUCAAUGACUCCAACCUGGACUUGGGACCGGCAACAGAUUACAGCUUUCCUGCUGCAUCUCAGAAGGCCUCGCUGAAAGGGAAUGGGACGCAGGUGAAAGACAACUGGGAAACAGCCACUGUCCAGCCGCCAGCAGAAUUUGUUGAGUCUGACUUGCACACCCCUUUCUCCAGCACACUGGAGGAAGAGGAGGGGCUGCUCCCUAUAGACCACUCAAGAGGAGGAGUGGAAAGCCUCCGGACCUCUGGGCCAGAGGUUACAUCUUCUGCACCAACGGGCCAAGGGGACCCCUUCUCCCUCUUUUUUUCGACACUCUCUGCCAGACCAGGUGCUGUGACCGAGGCAGCCACAGGAGGGCAAGAAGAGGACUCUGUUCCUCCAGGCUUAGACCUUGGGAGCAGCAUGGGACCAGGUCUUCUGCCUGUGUCUUCUAUUUUUUCUACUACUGCUGCAAGGUCCUCCAGUAUUUCAGAAGAGCCCUUUGAGGUGACAGCUGGGGACACGUGGGCUAUUGGGGGAGCAGAUUUGGAGCUGACUGUGACUACCACAGGAGCAGAGCUUGCAGAGACCACGGUGGAGGCUGGUGGGGAAGAACAUUCAGCCAGAGAGGAGGUCUUGGAGACUACGGUGAGGUGGGAAAUGCUGGAGCCCACAGUGCUAACUGAAAUGGGGCAGACCGCAGAAAUGCCCGUGGGAACACUCUCUCCUGGAUACAGCUCCCCAGGCCCCCAGACUCUUCCUGGCAGUGAGCAGCACCCCAGUUCUUCUGCAUCUCCAUGGGACAGGGCUGACGAGUCUGUGCUGGAUCCCAUUUGGAAUGACACCGAGUCAGCCACUGAGACUGUGGCAGCAGAGAGGAGCUUGUCACCACAGGCUGGGGAUGCCCGCCUGGCCAUGCUGCCAACAGAGCUGCCCUGGGACUCCGCACAGGUGAUCUGCAAAGACUGGAGCAACCUUGCAGGGAAAAACUACAUCAUCCUGAAUAUGUCGGAUAACAUUGACUGUGAGGAGUUUCGGCUGGAGAGGGGUCCCCAGCUGUUGGCACUGGUGGAGGAUGCCUUCUCCAGACAGGCAGAUGGACCACAGGACCGCUGGCUCAUCUCUCUGAGCAAACCCAAUGAGAACGACAAGCACUUGCUAAUGACACUGGCAGGGGAACAGGGCGUCAUCCCUACAAAAGAUGUCCUCAUGGCACUGGGGGAUGUUAAGAGGAGCUUAGCCGAGAUUGGCAUCCAGAACUACUCAACCACCACAAGCUGCCAGUCGCACCCCAACCAGACACGCAGUGAUUAUGGGAAACUCUUUGUGGUACUGGUGAUCAUUGGUUCCAUCUGUGCCAUCAUCAUUGUAUUGGGGCUCAUAUACAACUGCUGGCAGAGACGCCUGCCCAAGAUGAAGAACAUGUCGCACGGCGAAGAGCUGCGCUUUGUUGAGAACGGCUGCCAUGACAACCCCACCUUGGAUGUGGCCAGUGACAGCCAGUCAGAAAUGCAGGAGAAGAAGCCAAGCGUGAAUGGUGGAAACACCAUCAAUGGCCCCGACAGCUGGGAUGUCCUGAUCAAUAAGCAGGCGAGCGAGGAUGUGGAUGUGUUUGAGGAAGACACGCAUCUUUAGAAAAGGAAGGGAGGGAACCACCUCCUUAAAUGCAGUUGUGUCUCUUCUGUCUUGAAUGAUGGACCACAGGAUGAAGUGGCUUCUCAGGAACUUCUUAAAGGCUUGGAACAGGUCAAAUCUUUGGGCAAGUUUUCCCGAUAGAAGUCCUGAGCCCGUGUCUGAGGCUCAGAGUCGGGAGAAUCAGUGAACAGAGGGAAGCGGGAGGGAUGGGUGUCUAGGUCUCUUUGUGUGUAUUCCUAUCAGUAGCACCAAUGCUUUCCUAUCAGUAGCACCGAUGCUUUCAUCACUUUUGAAUGCACUUACUGUAGCUCUCUGGUAGUGGCUGAGAGAGGCUGGGCUUGAGAAGCAAGGUGAUCAGUCGAAGCCUGCCACCAAGAGUCUGGCUUUGGAGAGUAAGUUAAUUUUGGGAGUCCAGUUGGAGCUACAGCAGACAGAUCCUGACCUUGAGAUCAUGUUCAAUCCCUGCAGGUGCAGUAAAACCUGUACAUUCUGCAUGGAGGGGAGCCAAGACUCAGGCGAUGUCCGGGGCAGAGUUUGCAUUCCAGUGUGAGAAGAGAUUUUAAUUUUUCUUUUUUAGUGCUUUAGCAGUCAGCUGCUAACUAGAUGGACUGAUGUUUACAUCUGGGGAAAAUAUCCUGCUGUCAUCCCAUUUCUCCCCUCACACCACAAACAGCCCCACUCUGGUUUUCUGCUCCACAGCUCCACGCUGAGUUUGCAAAGUUUGAGCGCUUUACCCUUGCUUGACUCAUUGGAGAGAAUUUGGUGCCAUGGUGCAGCAUCUUAGCUGAAAUUUGCUUUAGGUUGGAGAGUUUCUUUAAAAAGACACUUACCUGCCUCUUUCCUGCAGCAGGCUGUGAAAUCAGCAGCAAAAGUAUCCCUUGUCUAAGUCUCAGUUUUAGACUGGCAGGCCUUCUCCACUGCUGUUCUAUUUUCCAGGAUAGUUUGGUUUCACUUGGUCUUUGUGAGGUAAAUGUUAAGACUCUGUGAGACUUUUUAAACAGGGAGAAAAGUAAAAGCUUGGAAACAGGUAAUUUUCUGGUACUUUUGUUUCCUUUCCAGCAUCUUGCUCUGAGAGGGGCAAGCGUUUAAUGUCCCAUAGGUGUAAAUCGGGGUAAAAUCUUUAAAAUCACUGUAUUUGAGAAAGUGUAAAACCAAGUUCAGAUGAGAAUUGGAUUGAAGAGCUCCCCAAUGAAUGUUUCUUAGGCAUGCCUGAGGCAACUUUGAGGCUCCAGCUCCCUGAAGAGGUGUGAUAAAAGGAACGUGAAUAUGCAUAAUUGUUCUCUGAGCCCUGCCUAAACCCAGACUCAGAACUACUGUCAAGCCUGAAAUCCCAGACCAUUUGUUUCUUCUCUCUUGGAGGGCUUGAGGGACUUGCUUUGGUCAGAGGCAACAGUAUUCUCUGUUACAGUGAUCUGCACGCUUGCUUACUGCAAGAUGCAGCUUUGCAUUUGCUCUUUAAGGGAACCUUUGUAUAGAAAGACCCCAAAUACGCAGCCUGAUGCUGAGCCUGUAAAUCUGUCCCUGUGUGUAUAGAUACUUUUAGCAUGUUCAUCCCUGAUAUGAGUGCCUAAAGUCAAGGUACAAGAGUCUGUUGUUUCAUUUUGCAUAGCGCUUUGCAUACAAACUGAUUCACAGAUCACUUUGAUGUAGGACCGGUCUAUUAGGGGUUCAAGAAAGGUGAUAGCCUUUGGUUUUCUAUCCACGUUCAAGCUUUCAGUGGUUUUACCCUGCCUCCGUACUUUUCACUGUGUUAUGUAGGAGGUGAUGAUCAUCAGCUUCUUUUGUAUCUUGUUGGGAGCGUUGCAGAGGUGCACAAAGGAGUUCCCUCUCUUGCCCCAGCAGUUGGUGAGAGGGGACAGUCCAUGGACAGCCACAUGUGGCCCUUCUCUGACCGCCCAUCACUUGAUGGCUCCUGCUGAGUUUGAUGGGUCUGUGCAGUGAAGUUACACAAGUUCAGUGGCUGUGUUGAUGGCACUUUGAAGCUCACAGGAUUAAAUGCAAGUUGUUGUUAUGAUAUGGUGAGUAAAUUAAAGCAUGGAGUUACAAUUUGAGUUUGUAUAGCACUUAGCAUAAUGGGGCCUGGUAUGGUCAUGGCCUUUAGGCAGUUUCACCAUAUAAAUGUUUCUAAGUCCAAUAAUGCUCAUUAAAUAUGUUUUUAAUGCCCAGUUGCUAUUGAAAAGAUAAUGCCACUGAUCAGAUGUGAAUCAGUUCAUCCACAAAACACCUCCUUGGUGCACAUCAUUGCUUUGCUGCCCUGUUUUCACUCCACUUCACGAAUUCAGAGAAACAACAAGGUGCUGAUAAAGCAGUGCUUCUGGCUGGGCUCAGCACCUCUUAAUCUCAUGUAAAUUCUUCGAACUUUAAAGAAACCAAGUGGACUAUGUGGGCUUACUAAUAAGCUAGCAAGCUCUCCUGAUUUGCUCUUCUGGAUUCUUAUGGCCUGAAGGUUUUGCAGAGACUGUAGAGCUCUUUCCUGAGACGGGAGCAUCCAGAUGAUCAUGAGAGUACCUAAGGGUGGCUGUUGUGAGGCUGAGAACAAUUUUCUGCUGUCUCUGACAAGGUGCGCUUGGCUGCAUGAUCUCAGCUGAGCUCCAGAAAUCUACUGGUUAAUAGCAUUUCACUUUAGUCUGGUGAUACUUUUUAUACCUUUACUGUUUGUUUUUUCUCUGUAUAAUUUUUUUUUGCACUAGGCUGAUCUUGUUAAGUCGAUUGCACUGUUGUCCUUCUCCCACCAGCCUUGGAGAGAUGGAUCAUCUCCGUGGACCUGUGGGCUGGGGUGUGCUGUAGAGAGGGUGUCAUAGCCCACUUACUCUGUUCUUCAGUGCUUGGGUUUCCAGCUCUGCACAGGGAGGAUUUAAAGAGGAAGAGAAACUUUGUCUUAGCAUUUGUAACAGGAAGCUUUUCUAUCACCUUAAUGUAGUUAAACUUCUUUUUAACAAAAACUGUCAAAGCCGGAUCUCUCGGAGUGGUAUGCCAGGCAACAGAGCAGAUAGAGGAGUCAAAGUAAUUCCUGAAAAACUCUUUUCUACCCACUAGGACUUUGCUGUAGUCCCAUCUUAAACGUUUGAUUUCACUGACACCUGGUGGCUCCUGGGAGCUGGAGACAGAAAAUUUAAAAAAAAGGACUUCUUUCCUCCCUCUGAGCUCUGGGUAUUUGUUUCCUGUGACCUGUCCUGGAGUCGCCGGUCUGGAGGCCCUGGGUAGCACAAUACAGGGUCUUGGCUUCAUCUCCUUGCUUUCUCCUCCGCUUUCCCCCUCUCCUCCCAGGGGACAUGGCCAGAAAGCAGAAGCUCUGGCUUGAAAUGGAGGUGGUUCUUCAGAGAGAGCAUCAGGUGCUGGUGUGAGGAGCUCUGUGCCCUGGAGAACACCUGUGAUGGCAUCGGCUGGAUGUAUAGCCAAGAUCAGAGUGGCUCUCCAUCUCCAUGGGACAGUGGCCAGAUGUGGUCUGGGAUGGCCAAGCUGCAACUUACUCAGAGAUGUUGCCUGCAUAUCUAGAAUGGUGUCUAUAAUGUGGAGUCCAACAUGUGCUAGAAAUUUGCAUCCUGCAGACCGCCUCGUGGUACGUAGGAUGUAAAAAAACAAGAACUGACCCAGUGGCUCUGCUGUGGAGUAUGUAAUGCAGGUUGAGAAUGGAGUUCAAGGUAACACCAUAAGGAUCCCUUCGGGCAAAGGAUGUCGUGUGAAAUGGAGGUACAUUAUCAUACGGAUUGCUGCACUAGAGCCUUGGUGCAUCACAGCAGGAUCCCACCGCAGCCACUGCUGUCAGCAGCUCGCCUGUUCCUGUCUGCCUUCACAGCCACGCAGAAGCACAUCUCUGCUUCACAGAGGGUUUGGAGCAGCUCAGUCAGAGACAACACACACCUUCAUCUGUGCUGGCUUCCAAGAGCCGCGUGGGCUCAUCUCAGCUGACAGCCAGGCUCCCAGUUGUUCUUCUCAAGGCCCCGGUUCCUGCUGUACCUGAACCGUCUGCAAGCCCUGGCCGCUGCUCAGCAUCACUGCUGGAGGACACUUGGAAACACUUGCGUCUGGCCCUGGGAGCGACAGGGUUGUGGUUUUGUUUUCUUUGCAAUAAAAAGCACCUCCUUGGGUGUCUGAACACUGACCCGGCCAGAGUCCUUUGGUUGCAUCUGCCUGA